CAUGUGUAGCUUUUACGAGUAAAUAUAAUUACACGCGGAUGCAAUGCGCGAUCUUAAACACGCGGUAAGGAAAUUUGACUUCGCGAGAUCUGUUUUGGACGUUUUCUCAAUGCUAAUCUUGUGUUGUUUUCACUAAAAUAUUAAUAAAAUAUUGUUGUGUCAGUGUUGUGCGUGGACUUUGACAGUUUAGCAGCUAGUUGGUAGACUUAGGAUAUCCUUAUAAGAUUAAUCUGUAGUACAUCAUGGCAAUGAAAUUCAAGAGGCUCACACUCCAUUUGAGGACAUUUUUAUUGAUAAUCUGGGCAGCGAGUGGAGGUGCCGGCUACAACUGCCCAUACGGACAAAACUGUGGGUUUGAGCCGUCUCCACCAGGUCGAGCACCAUCCUGUGCACAGCCAGGCCUCACUUACUGCCUACAUCCUGACCCUUAUCCUGAAAAAGUGAUACGAAAGUUAGUCGAAGCGGGGCAGUACGACAUCCGCACGCUGCUCUCCGACGAAACCCGCGAAGAAUUCGAAUCCAAGAAGAAAGGCAGCUAUCCCUACGGCUACGGGCCGAACUCGCUACCCCACGUCGACCAAAUAUCGCUAGUCGACGACGGACUGCUUCAAAAGGAUUACAACAACAAAUUUCACAACAAAUAUAACCAUGAUGUAUUCUCCGACAAGACGCCCUUACAGCCGCCGUCGUCCGCGGAUCCUACACCCUACAACUUGAAGGCCUUCCAGUCGUCAAACUACACGAAAUUCGGCUUCCAGGGCUACCACACAUCUCCGCCUGCCUUCUGGAACCCGUCCAUAAACCAAUACCAAUAUGACAAUAGGCGAUUGAGGCAAAACAGUGACGUGCCAAACCUAAAUAUUUAUAAUCCUAACUAUUUUAAUUCGCCAUUGUAUCAGAAUUAUGAAUCGGAAUGGCUGAGGCAGGCGUCCAGUGGGGUGACGCAGUACAACCCGAAUGAGUGGUGGAAAUACAUAUCACCGUCUCGCUCCGACGCCGACGUGACGAUCCAGCGCUCAGUGACGUUCCCGACCCGAACGACUACCCUGCGACAUAAGAGACGACGACGCAACGCGGAGCUGGUGAAGGCUGCUGCAGAGAGACCCCUCACUGGUGCUGAAGCCUUGAGGAUAGCUCUAGGGCUGGCCAACGAAGACGAAUCAGCGGAGAGACCGAGGCGUCAGGCCGAGAACACGGAGGAACUGUGCAGAGUGCGAACCCAGUUCAUCACCCCACGCGCGGCCCUCAACAACAAGGGCAACUGGAGAUACGUGGUCAACAUGCCUGAUAACAUGACGCAGCUGGUGCGAGCUGAACUGUGCACGUCAACAGAAUGCAGCAGAUUGUGUUCUAUACCUCUGGGCUACACUUCUCGGUGCGAGCAAAAAUAUAUUCAAAAACGACUGGUGGCGCUAGAAUCGAGUGGACAGAAUCUAUAUACAGACGUUUUUUGGAUCCCAAGCUGCUGCCAAUGUACAAUAGUAAAUAAUAAUUAAUAUUGAUAAUUAAUUAAUUGAUUUGUGAUGUAAUAUUAAGUUCAUGACAGCUUUGUGUGUAACUCUGUAUGCAGAAUGUGCUACCGCUACUAGACACUAGAUGUCGUUAGAAGUUCGAGCUUUUAAGUUUAGGAAAAGAGCUUUGAAGAACGUUCUUAAAAUAAAAUAGGUACUUUUUUGUGGCGAAAAUUUUGUUUACCUAUCUAUUUGGACACUUAUUUGGGUUUAGGAAUAAUAAACGCACAGUCAUGACAUAAUUUUUUUCACUUUUUCAUCUUGUGUACGUACCUAUUUUUAUUUAAAUAAUAUGUAUUAGAUGUUAGACGAUCCUAUAGGCAGAGUAUUAUGAUUUUGUAAGGUUAUAGCAAUAUGAGAAUAAUUAUUAUUAAUCAAGUACCUAUUAAGUUUAAUAUUUACAUAAUUGAAAACAUUUAUCUGCAAACUUCAUUUGCCACUGUCGGAUAAGUGGCUGUAUUCAAUGUUAUGCUUAAGUUAAUUAAUUUUAAUUAAUAAAAUAUCUUAAAAUUUAUGUUUGAAUGCAAUUUGUAAAUAGUAGUUAUAUUUUUUUGAUAUAAUAAAUUGCUUCUCUACAAAGUUA